GAUAGAAGAUCCUAUAGUACACAUGGUAUCGAUACUCCUGAUACUCCCAAUACUUCUAAUACUUCUGAUACUUCAUGUAGUAUUAAUUUUUUAUACACAUUUUUUACUAAUACCACAAAUAGUCUUCAUACUAUCCGUAGAAUUAAUCCUUCCGAUACUCCGCAUAAUACUGAUUACAAAAAUAUCAUGCAAUACCAAGAUAUGAAAUCCAAGCCUCUAGAUCAAUUAAGAAAGAGAUUUCAUAUAUCAACUUCUCGUUUAUAUCAAAUUUGA